GCUUGCGAAACAACGUAUUGUCGAGGCGAUGAUUUUUAUUCUCAAUUAUUUUGGAUGCGGCAUUCAGAAACGCUAUAUUCCAUGGAGUAGAACAACCGACUGCGGAUCGUCCUGACCUCGCGGAGCAUUUUUAUUUUAUCAAAUAUCAUCAUAAUUUUAUCAAACACAAUAGACCAAAAAUCUUUUUUAACAUUAAAGAAGAAUCCAUAACAAACGAUAAAAUCGACAAACUUAUCUCAACUCAACCAUCUUUCAGUUUUAAACGCAAUAGAACAGAUGCAUUAAUUAACUAAGUUUUCUACACCCAUUACCAAAAAGGGAGAGCAACAUCAACCUUAACUUCAUCACCAAUCCGAAAAUAAACAUCUAAACCAAUAUAACUCAACAUAAAAACAGACCAACGAAAAAAUCCGUUAAAAAAUUUCUUUUUAGACAAAUGAAAAAUAUAAUUUACAACAAAAAAUGUUGCAAAAUUGAAAUCAAAAGUACAAAACACUAUAUAUGAAUGAAAAAUAAUUAUAAAUAUAAUACAAUAUAAACGGAAAAAAAGGGCAAGCAGAACAAUUUUACGCGAAGGGAUUAAUGUAGGUUUUAUCAACGAUUACGUGAAGAUUGAAAUAAGUCCAAGCUAGGCUACUGAUCGAAAACAUAAUUUAUUUGUGUUUAUAUAGUCAUUUACAUUGUAUGGAAAGCUAGCUAUCUUAUAUUAAAAAAUAUACAAUAAAACAUUUAAAUACAAUUUAAAUUCCCACAGCUACAAAAUACAUUCCCUGAAAGAUUACCAAAGACACACUGACACCGGAACAGACAGUUUAGAAUAUCACAUACCCUACAGCUAGCACUACAAUACCCAUACGUAACUACACACUUUACGAGUCUCUAAUUUUUUAAUGAUAGAAGCCAUAUUCAAAAAAUAAUAGUUUAAAUGUAUUAUUAAGCUUGAAUAGAUAUAUGGAGGAUAGGGGUUAGUGAAGUAAACAGUACAUAAAAUAAUUUAUAAAAGUAAAGUAAAACUAUCAAUAAUCAAAACACCACACGAAUAUCAUUCUUCAGUAAAAUAACGAAAUAACGGACGAUGUUUUUAAAUAAAUAUUUAUUUAAGUUACAAAUGUAAACAGUUUUUGGACUCCUUAAUAUAUUUUAACAUUUUAAUAUAUCAUAUUAUAUUUUUAUAUAUAUUAAAGUAUAGGAGCGUCACAAUGCGCAUAUAUGUAGGUAUUUCAGAACAAGACAAAUUCGUUAGUUAAGUGAUACUUUUGGGCAUCAAAAUAGUAGAGGGCAUCGGGUAACAAAUUGUGAUUAAAACGUUUACAAAAUUUUAAAAUUUAUAAGUAAACAAAUUCAAAUAGAAACUGCAUCAAUCUAACUCCAUGUUUGGGGAGAAAUGGGUGAUCAAUGAAUUUUUAUAACCAAUAUAUCGCGACACCGUAACGUGUGCCUUAUUCCGGCCUUAAGUUUAAAUGACUUUUAAUAAUACAUCAAAAACCCAAAUCAUGAACAUAAAGCCCACGGUCAUUCUAACUACAAUACCGUCGUAUGAAAAAGGUCAAUAGAAUUACUUAAAUAGGACCAUUCCCCACUUGGUUGGUAUGCCGCACAUCACCCGUCAUCGUACUGUAAUCGACUGUGGAUACGCGUUUGUUUUCGAGGCAAUAAAAUGAUAUGAAAUUACGAUGCUUUAAUCAGGCCCAAACUACGCAAAGUUGGCAUCCCAGAUCCGCGUUCAGGGUCGUAAGCAGUUGUCCUUUUGAUCGGAUAGAUCGGCCAAGCCCAGCGAGCUGGCAAAUCUAUAUUGGCCAUCUCCCAACAAGUCUUCUUCGAAUGUUUAAAAUGGACUCCUCAGACUUCUGGCAGCAGGCGCGCGCCCCGUUUGGCCUGCAAACGGCGCUUCACCAAUACUCUUCCCCCUCGAAUCAACAGCCUAUAUCCCACCACGCUUUGCACCACUCCCUUCAACAGGAGCACGAGCAGCUGUCCGAAUCCCACCCUGAAGGACCAGCCGCACUAUCGGGCGCAGUGGGCAACAGCAGUUCCAUGGCUAUUUCCGGCACCAAUCCUACUGGGGGCAGCAAGGCCGAGUCCAGUCACAUGCUGCAGCAGCAUUUAGAGCAGCAGUCCUAUGGAUCCGACUCCUUUCGAGGCGCCCAGUCGCCCCAGCUGAGCAGCCACCACCUGUUGUUUAACGCUGCUGCUGCCGCUGCUGCGGCGGCUCACCUCAAGUCCACGGCGAUGCAGAAUAACCUCUCGCCAAUUGGUGAUCAGGCGCAAAAUAACCUUCGAGACUACGGCCAAGGAUCCUUGAACGCCUUAUGUGGGAUCAAGCCCAAGCAGGAGAUGGAUGCUAAGACGCUCCUCCAACCGCUGGACGUGUGUUCCCAGCCGUUGGUGCACGCGCAGUCCCAGCCGCAGUACGGCGGUGACUUCUACGACGUUGUCGACCCACAGGCUAGAGAAGUCUCUGAACCUGAAGGUCGAGCACUGAUCAUCGGACUCGGAGUUCCUAGUAUGGGGUCCACCGACGACGCGCAGUCCAGUUUGCAGGCUCAGCAACUGGCGGGGACUGGUCGAGCAUUGCAGACACGUCAGUGCAAACCGAUGUCCCCUGGAACAGGUGGUAGCUCUAAUUCGGGCGCAGGACGCAGAUCGGCACCCACAACAAUCAACAAGACCUUUUCGCAGGGUCAGCAGUCCCCUCAACACUCCACAACGCCAUCCGGCGGCAGCACGACGCCCGACAUCAAAUACAAUAACGACAAAAUGACCAAUGAAAUUCAGCUUCAGCUAUCCCGGUCGAGCAGCGCAGCAGCGAUCAGUGAACGCACCCUCGAAGAAUGUUGGUCAACCCUGCAACGAGUGAGUUGGCAUCUGUUCCGUUGUCUUUUUAUGCACAAAAGCGCGAUGCAGCAAAUACAGCAGCAGAUUCCCCGCGUCGGCCUGGGAACCCACGGCGUGACCGGCUCGGCCAGCUUGGGUGGCAGUAUUACGCCUAGCUCGGAUACUAAGCCGCAUCAGUGCCAGCAAUGCAUGAAGAGUUUUUCCAGUAACCACCAGCUAGUGCAGCACAUCAGAGUACACACUGGAGAGAAGCCAUACAAGUGCUCCUACUGUGAUCGUAGAUUUAAGCAGUUGUCGCACGUCCAGCAGCACACGCGCCUGCACACAGGAGAACGGCCCUAUAAAUGUCAUCUGCCAGACUGCGGUCGAGCCUUUAUACAACUUUCAAAUCUACAACAGCAUUUAAGAAACCAUGAUGCUCAGGUUGAACGUGCUAAAAAUCGUCCCUUUCACUGCAAUAUUUGUGGAAAGGGUUUCGCCACUGAAUCUAGUCUGCGCACACAUACAUCGAAGGAGCUACAGCUGCAUCUUGGUGUCUUGCAGCAGCAUGCCGCACUAAUAGGUGGUCCAAACGCUACGUCUUGUCCUGUGUGCCAUAAACUUUUUCUUGGCACUGAGGCCCUUCUGGACCACAUGAGACAUGUUCAUAAGGAAAAGAGUCCCCCACCUGGUGGCUCAGCCCCAUCCCAGUUCAGCGAGCUUAAUCAGAUAGCUACGGGCAAUGGGAACGAAAAUGGAACUGGACGUAGCAACGAACAAAUCGCUAGCCAAUGCACAACUGAAUCAAACUCGCAUCAGGCCACUGUUGGCUCUAGCUUAAUCGACAGUUUUUUGGGCAAACGAAGAACUGCCAACCAUCCUUGCCCAGUUUGCGGCAAACAUUACGUCAACGAGGGUUCCCUAAGGAAACAUCUGGCAUGCCACGCCGAGAGCUCACAGCUUACAAACAGCCUGCGUAUGUGGCCAUGUAGCGUUUGCCAGGCUGUCUUCACACAUGAAAACGGUCUUCUUACCCAUAUGGAGUCGAUGCGUAUGGAUCCGAAACAUCAGUUCGCCGCUCAAUACGUAUUGUCCCGGGCAGCUGCGGAACAGAGAGAACGAGAAUCCCUUUUAGCAGUAACCUUGGCCGCAAGCAGUGGCGCUGCUGGUCCAAGAAUCGGAAUUGCGGACGCCGGAAACGUUUUGCCUAUGGGAGCUCACAACUCGGAAGGAUCCAACUCGAAGUGCCCUUCCCCUUCGGCUAACUCGGAAUGCUCUUCAAACGGACGCCUCUCCUCAUCGAACACAUCAGAUCAAGACCAAGACAUCGAGCACGGCUUAAGUGAAAAUGAAAACAGCAACCAGAACAACAUUAGCAGUAGCACGAAUAACAACAAUAAUUGCACAAAUAACAAUUCUAGCUCUCAUAAAAUGGCUGAGAUUCGACUUCCGGGAUCCGGCCAAUAUACCAUGGACGCAGAAUUGCACGUCGCCAACCGGAUGUCACUAAUGGCCGCUGCUGCUGCCGCAGUUGCUGCGUCACGACCACAAGACGGAGUGGACACUUCAGCAGUGCCCAGCGCGGCGGUUCAAGCCGCUGUGGUUAAUCUGGCGGCUGCAAUGCGAAUGAACAAUUCCAGCAACGGAGCUACCUCCUACCAACAACAGCACGGCGAUCAAACCCAGGCACUCCAACCACAUAUCCAUCCACAUCACCAUCAACAGCAGCAGGCUCCGCAGCACCAGCAGCAACAGUUGUCCCACUUGCUCGUCCAUACUCACCCCAGCAAUAGCAACUGCCGUUCGCAAAGUUCACCAAAUAUAAAUGUGCCAACUUUGCAGAACGAAUCAUCCUCUUCCGCAUCAAUCGCUAUGAACAUGAACGUGCAUAUGAUGCGCGGUUCGCUUGAGCCGGACCCGAGUUUAGGAGGAAUGAAUGCGAUAGAAGUACUUCACCAACACCAGCAGCACCACCAUCAUCACCACCACACGUCAAACUACCCGCAGCACGCCGUGACGCCUACCAACCAGCAGACUCACCCACACUCCCAGACACACCACACAUCCCACCACCAUCCGAGUCCGGAAACAGCGCUCCGAAUGCACCAGGCAGAAGCAAUCAUACGCUCUCAUACCGAAGCGGCAUUCCGACUGGCAACUGGAUCUGGUCCUGGCACCGGAGUAAAAUGCGAGGCUGAUCAAAACAAGCUGAGUAGUAACGGCAAUGCUGGUGGCAAUAGUGGAGGAAGAAUCCAACAACAUCGAUUCCAUGCGAAUUCGAAUCAUCAAGAGAAUCAACGACCAUCGGACUCAUGAGGCUCGCCUAUUGAUUCCUCUAAGGAUGUGGACUUAGGAUAGAUACAAAAUCAAGUACAACGAUUUUCCUAUUGCGUUGAUUGGAAAUGAUACAAUGCGUGAAUGAGUAACCUUCAUAAAUUAAUAAAUUUAUGGCAAUUUAUGUAAAUGAGAUUAUGUAUGUAUGUAAGUUUAAAUAGGCCAACAUGCCCUAAGUUAAAAACGACCACAUUCAUUGUGCAAUAUCAUCUACCGUCAAUGUCGGCAGAAAAAUAAAUGUAAAAACUUUCGUGUUAUGUUUACGUUUAUAAUAAGAGUAAAGAUAAAAGCGCGAAAAUCA